CGCAGAGGCGGAAACGCGGAAGCCAAGCGCGAGCAGCACAUUCCACGUCACUUGUGGUGGAUUCACAGCGAGCGAGACGCGAUUCUGACAUGACAAUUUAGCACUUUGACGUGAAACUCGCCGGAUGUGAUGCCACGAGUGUUUUGGCUUCAGGCUCAAACUGACAGCAGGCGCAAUAUCAGCGAGUUGUGAACAGAGGAUUCGCGUGAAGAGUGUCUGAUCUGGUGCUCAAUCUUCAUGGGUGAAUCAGGGACCCGUCGCUCCACCCUGGUUUCCAGGCUUCCUAUCUUCAGGCGCAGCGCCCGAAAGAGGCAGGACUCCCUCCCUUCCUCACCCUCUUCUGGCGGUGUUGGCAAUGGCGUCCACACUUCUUCCCCCUCCAGCACGAACUCCAGCUCCAGCAGCACGAGCAAGCGCCGCAGCCUUUUCCGCACACCAUCCCUCAGCUUCCACAGCAAGAGGAACAGUGACCCAAUCCAGCUCAACCUGGACAAUCGCACCCAGGGGACUGAUCCCACUUUUCAAGAUGGUUGCAUCUCAAAGACUCGCCAUUCAUUUGGAUUUGGUGGACACAAAAAGAAGAUCACCCGAUCUCAUACGGAAGACCUUGAGAAAGCUUCUGCCAACAGAAACAGCGUGUUUAUUAACUGCAUCAGCUCAGGUACGAAUGAGGGAGAUGAUUCGGGGUUUCUUGAUGACGUGAGCAGCAAGAGAUCUUCCAAACAUAAGAAGCACCUGCUGCCCAAGUCCUUCUCCGCUCAUCAGCGGUUACCCAAGAACUCUGCUAAUAUCCCAGACCAGGUUAAAGGUCAGGACGGGGUGGAAGAACCUCCUAAAACUGGUACCCCAGGUUCCUGGCCUGGAGAACUGGCGGAGAGUUCCCUACAGUCACCUAUGAUCUCAGAAGACCGCACCACUGCAAUCACACCAUCUGAUUUCGUCCAUGUCACAGAAGACUCCGUCUCGGAAGUGGAUGCUUUGCCGGCUCCCAGUCCUGCUGCUCCUCCAGAAACCUCCAGCCAAGCUGUUUCUACCUCGCAGGUGUCCUUCACUCCAGCCGAGGGCACCUCGGAAAAGCCCCUACUGCCAGAUACCAGCCACACAGCCAACACACAGUGCGAGAGCACCACUGCCCAUACAGAGCCAGUCACACUGCAGAUGGUGAAAGAGCUGAAUCCUAAUCCAGAGCAGUCAGAGGCCAGUGAGAUUGAUCAAGCUCCAGAACUCAGUGAGGACAGCAGCUCCAAUCCAGAUCCCCGUGAGAGAAGGUCCAGAAAUUCUGUACUUAUUCAGCAAACAGGAAGAUUAUCAGGCUUGAGCAAACUGGAGACCAGACCAAGUCACCUGAGAAAGCCGCACACAGUGUCCAUGUGCAGUAGCGUGAGCCCAUAUCAUGAGGUGAUGCGUUUGGAGAGACGUUUACGCUCGGCCUCUGAGGGUGCAGGAGGACCCAGACUUCACCUCAAUCUCAGGGAUCCUCACUGCACGGAUGCCAACACUUUAUCCAAGCAGAGAACUAGCUCUUCAUCCUCCAAACUGGGCAGCCUGGAUGUUUUGAAUAACCUUGGCUCAUCUGAAUUGGAUGAGGAUGACCUGAUGCUGGAUCUUGACCUUUCUGAUGACCAGCGUCCUCAUCAUGCAUCUCGGGAGGAUUCAAGUCAGUCUCUUGCUUCAUGCCUCAACCUGUUGCUCUCACCGCUGGAUGCCUCCACUGACCGGACCCUUGGAAGAGACCCCAGAGAGCCCUUCUUCAGGGAGCAGCGGCCAAUGUCUCUCUGUCUGUCCCGUGAUGAUGAAGCUGUGCCCGGGUUGGAAGCGCUGCCGUUCAGGCUGAUGCAGCAGGACUGCACAGCGGUAAAGACUCUUCUGCUGCGGUUACGUCGGACGCUGCAGGAGAGCACUGAGAUCAGCCCUGCCAGCAGUCUUCACUCUUUACCCAUAAGCCCCUGCAGUGAAAAAUCACUUCCCUUUAAGGAUCCUGGGAGAGAGGAGAAUCAGUUUCUGCACCAGAAGCUGAAGGAGAGAGAUGAGCUUAUUGCACAACUUCAGGCAGAGUUGGAAUCCACCCGUGCCACCCAGAGAUCUUCAUGCCAAAAAGCUGACAAAAGCACUCAGACAGAUUUCUUACUCUCAGAGACAAUCCAUCCAAGUCGACCCACAGGCCAAAACUGCAACAUUCCCAGCAACAGCAGCAGGGAGCGAAGACAAGUUCGGCCUCUCGCUGCAGACCAGCACAAUCGUCCCAGUGAAGUUUGCAGCAACGGUGGAGGGAGGAGUGCACAAUCUGUGUCUGAAAUACCCGGGCCUCGAAAGACCGAUCAUCAAGGCCCAUCUCAAAUCCCUCGUGCGGUGGCUGGCAGCAGCGUGAGCCUUCCUAGCAAAGGCAGUCCGUCUCGCAGCCUGUCCUCAGACAGCGAAAGGGGCCCACGCAGCGAACGAGGGCCUAUUCCUAGGCUUCAAUCUUCCUUCACCGGCCGUCUCGGUCAACCGCCCCGUGGGCCUCUGUCUUUACACAUGUACAGGCGAAAUAACGUCUUCCUACAGCACUCGCUCCACACGGCCGAACUGCAGGCUCUUGCUCAGCAGGACGGUUGAAGUCACAUCCUAAAACACUAACACGUGUCUCAGACGGUGCAGUUCCUCAGCGACCGCCAGUACCUUCAGACCCACAACCCAGGCUCUCAAACCUCAACCGCACACAGAGACUCUUUUUAUCCUAUGUGGAGUUAAACUUGUCAGCUCUAUUAAGUGUCAAAACCCAAUUCGCCGUCUGCACUAAACUUAAGCCUUUUGAAGAAAUAUAGGAUAUGCUGCUCAAAUAAGUACUUUAGAUUGACAGCCCAGCAAUGUGAGAGCUUCAAGACAACACUAUCUCAAUGUACAGUUCUGCUGAAUAUUCGUUAUUUUUCUUUGCUUAUUUCAUUGAAAGAAAUCUAGGGUCCAACAUUAACACUUACCUGGCUGCUGAUUUAAAAGGUAAAAUGUGAUUAUUUAAAGCUGGUGGCAGGUAACUAUAUUUGGGAACUUUAACAUUUAAUGAUUUGAGUUGAAUUUCUGGUUAUAUAUUGUUCAAAAGUUUAGGGUUAGGAUUUUGUUUGCUUAUUUAUUUAUUUAUUUUGAAAGAAGAUUUUUAAGCUUACUAACUCUAAAUUUAUAUGUUUAAAUAAGUGAUAGAUGGAGAUAAUUUUUGUGUAAAAAGCAUAAUUAAUAAAUAAUGCAAUUAUAAAAUCUUAAAUACAAUUAUGAUAAUUUAUUAAAUUAUUACUCCUGUGUUUAAUGACACAUGAUUCUUCUGAAACCAUUGUAAUUUGCUGAUUUAUUACUCAAUUAAAUUGAUGCAUUGUUAUUAAACAAAUUAUUCAAAAUAAGAUGAAUUUGAAAUAAUAAUACAUAUGUAUGUUCUGUCCCAUUUGAUCAAUCAUUAAUGCAUCCUUGCUCCUAAAAAGUAGUUUUUGAAAGUAGUUUCAUCCGACCCCAAACUUUUGAACUUUAUAUGUAGUACAGCCACCAUAAUCAAAAUAUGAUGAACAAAAUCAUGUUUCUGUAGAAGAUGUGGGAAACUGGCACAUCUGAAUGAUAGAAAAAAGGGCUAAACGUCAGCCAAAACAUAAAAACAAAAAAAUAAUUUAGCUUCAUGGCCAGUACAAAAUGUCUAGCCAAUAUUUUUCUUCAAUUCUCCCACCAUUAAUAAGUGUGCCAAAAAAGUUAAUUUUGGACUUUAUUAAACUCUUAUUAAGCAAAAUAUGCAAAAAGCAUUUCUACUCUUUAAGUCUUAACCUACUUGAUUGUUGAUUGUUAGAUUAAACCCAAUCUGUAGUGAUAAUUAUAAUAGCAGGUCACACAAACCGCUCUGAUCAUUGCUUUUUUCACCAGCAACCAUGACACUGAAGACGCGUGCGGAUAUUGCCAAAUCAAUCCUCAGUCGAAGAGAGGGCGUUGAAGCCUUUGCUGAGUAUUACCCACAUGUUGUCAGACCUCUUUUAGGGAGUUUAACACUCAUUACCCUUUUCUAAUUGCAAGCUACUCUUGCUCUCUUUUUUCCACAUUCUUUUUGCUGCAAACAAAAAAUGAAAGCUAAAGACGUUUUCUGCACUGAAUUUAAGCUAAAUGGAUUUGACAACUCUUGUGGAAGGAUUCAGCAAGAGCCUGGAGUUGAAUCUCAAAACAGCUGGACUGCAAGGAAGAAAUGCCCGUCAUUAGUUAAAGAAGUAGAAACCUCCAUGCAGAUAAAUGAACUUCAUUAUUACAUUUGACAUUGGAAAUACUUCACAUUUUCAUUUCAAAAUAGAUGGCAACUAAAUUUAAUUAAACAUGCCGAUAACUUCAGCAAAUGUAAAACUGCCAUAGACGCACUCUUAAAAGAGAGGCUUGGAAUGAGGAUUGGCCUCGUUUUGGCAGCAUUGGGAACGACGUUGGUGUAACUUUACAGCGUUGACCCGGCUUUGCGGAUCAGGAGCUCAAGCAAGGACGCAUGGAGGAGAAGGAAACCCUGAAGAAACGCAGUCCCAUCCAUCCAGCAGGUCUGCUCCCUAAGGUCCACUGCUCCAAUUUCAGCAAUCUGUUGGGAGCGCCAUCACUUCUUCCUCUUUCUCUCUCUCUUUCUAUCUCGAUCUCCUUCUCCCUUCCAGACCUACUUCCAGCUCUCUGUGUGAUCGGGCUCAGGGAGAGAAAGGCUUUAGCGCUGUCUCACCAAUACACACUCCAGGACCGAAAUCACACUUUCUAAACGCUGAUGUGUUUAUCUUGUAGUCAGGGAGCAAAUUAAAAUCUCAUAAACCGUGUAUGUAAAUAUAUAGGAGACUGAUUAAUAGGGUUCAUUAAUCAAUAUGAAAAGGAUGAUGGAAAGGUAUGUAAUUAAUUAUUAAUGAAUUUUAAUAUUAACGUAUACACUUAAAAUUAUUUAUGUUAUUAUUAGCAUGUAUCUUUUGGUCUAUUGAAAUGCUUGAUUCUGAUUGGCUAAAAGGUAAAAUCGCUUAAUGCACAGGUAGAUCCAGUCAGUUUUCAUCACAGUUUGAAAUAAAUGCUUCUCCCCCAAACAUUAGUAACCAUCGUAAUGCAGUGACAAAUGCCACAGUCUUCAUUCCUCUGUGCAAUCUUGGGGACACCGAUGUGUGCUUCACUAGGGAGCCAAUAGGAUUAAACAACACUUGGGAAGCGGUAGCUAAUACAUGUUACGUUGAGCUAUUAGAUAUGCCCCUGUUAUUUACAUGCACACACAUUAUCUCUAGCAGGGACUAGAAGAUCUAGCAAUUCAACAAUGACUAAAAUUUGGUCUAAUAUUGCACUGCAAAUGCGGUUUUAAAUUGAAUUUGGCAAAUUACCACAGAAUAAAAACCCUGGCUAAUUUUUAUAAAAAGUAUUAUUCUAUUUUAUUUAUUACAUCUAUAAAGUGUGUAUGUAUGAUGGAUAAUCAGUGGAUUACAGUGUUUUAACGGAUUUUAUCUGCUUGUCUCCCUUAAUAACAUGGCUCUCUGGAAUACUUGAUUCUGAUUGGCCAGUCGUAUCAAUACAAAGCAUGUUAUUCCCAGAUAACAACUGUUGAACCACCGGUAGGAGUGAGCGAAUAACAAUUGCUGAACAAAUAACACACAUGUUCAUUGGGGUACUUGACCUUCAGUUAAUACAUUCGCAUCCAUAUGCUUGUAAUAAAGCCCUUCAGGCUCUUAAAAUAGCCCUCCACUUUGCAAUGGGCUGCUGAUAACAAUGUCAAGUGGCAAGGCAUCGAUUAUCUCUACUUAUACAUACACACAUAAUAUGUCAUAUAAAAAACACCUUCUAGAAAAAAAUACCCAGGGUUUUUAAUACAAAUAAUACCAAGAGCCCAUAGUCAUAGUUGUAUUUGUAUGGUAAACGCAAAAGAAGUCAUGAUUCUGCUAAGCUAACAAUAGGUUAAUUGUGUUAUUUGUACUAAAACUGCGGUAAUUCAUAGAUAAAAUUCACACUACAAUACAAUAAUGUAAAUUCUGUAAUAUUUAAACAGGAGACUAGGAAUGACAUUUCUUCCAAAUUUAAAUGAAAACAAUAUAAUUUACACCUUUAAGGGUAUGAUAUUACACCUAAGUGUAUACAUUAAUAUUAAAAUGUGUAUGAAUAAUAUAUGAAACCAGUGUAAAAAAAAAUAAAAAAUAUAUAAAUAGUAAGUAAAUUACAUAUUUUUUCUAAAUAAAUGAUAAUAAAUGCAAUAAAUGUGCAAUAAAUCCAUCCUUUGUGCACAGAAAGCUUCAUUUUUGGAUCGUGUUUAUGGUAUUCGUGAAUGACCUCUGAAGAGUAGACUGCUGUUAGACAGCCAAUUUGAGACAAUUCAGCCCUUGAUGAUAACUGUGGUCAGCAAUACUGUUUAAAUUGUGUGCGGGCGCCUGUUCAUCACUGGCAAAUGUUAAACAUGUUCCUUCAGGCAGGAAUUGUCCUUGUUCCUUCCUGAGCCUCCCUCGUGUCUGUGACACACGUUUGAGCCAUGACGCUUGAAGGACGGACGCUUAAAUGGACUUGAAUAUGCGAGAACAUGAGUGAAGUCUGUACAAGAGCGCAGACUCUAUCGUUAACAUGACUACACGUGCCGUCAAAUUUCUUUCAAUGUUCAUUAGAUAUUUAUUUUGGCCUUAUUUAUUAUGUGACAUUGUGCAAUGACUAUCACCUUAGGCUUUUUAUUUGUCUGUCUGGACUAUUUUUAUCAAUGCGUAUGUAAUUUGACUUUAUGGAUACUGAUGAUUUGCGGAAAUCGUAAAUUGUCUGUUAUAUCAUGUUGGAUUUUUUCUCCUAUGUACAGGGUUCGCAUAAAAAUGGCACUUUUAAGAGAUUUAAAUCAUAAUAAGAUUUGAAAUAACCUUUAUCUGUAUCUUUUCUCUCACUGGUGGUUUUCAUUUAAUGUUCUGAUUUUCACAGAAUGUAAUAUAUCCAUUCAUUAAAGACAGCGAUGUUAAAAAUC